AUGCUCCCCACUCCCCCAGCCCCCACCAUCAACAGCCCCCCGGUAGUCCGGGAGAUGGAACCCUUCAUACCCUCGCACUCGGAAACCUCUCCAGCAGCUGUACCCGAUUGCUCCACAACCGAAGGUACUGUUAGAAAUGGGGUAAUGACACCAGCAGACGACCGGAACAGCUCUGAGCCGGCAGAAAAUGUCAGAGGCCAGAGAGAGCAUAACGAUGUACCAGACUUUGGUAGUUUGGCAGGAACAAACAGGAAGGUCGACCCCCGCUUCCUCGAGAAUCAGUACAUGGAUCAAGUCGACCGGGAGUUCGAACGUCCUUUGCAAGCACCAUCUCAAACGCUCUCCAAGGAGUCCUUCGACGAGGAAGAGGCCGUAAAAAGCCCUAGAACGAAGAAGCAUGAACACAGUCGCGCGAUAUGCAGGAAGGUUAAAGCAAUCUUCACGGACUGGGCUCGGAAGGAGUUGCAAGCGCAGCUCACCACCCUCAAACUCCAGGUCGGACUCCCGGAAGGCUCCACAGAAAAAUUGACCUUGGAGAUGAGGGAAUGGAUCAAGGACGGGUUGAGACACAAGUUCCGUGCGUAUAUCCAGCUCUUUCACGACCCUAGCCCCACUCUGCCAAUUUCCAAGCGGGGAAAAAAAGGAAAGAAGAUCAAUAUUCCUACGGGAGAGGCGGGGAUAACCAGCGCAGCUUGCGGACAUCCGGGUUGCGGAAAGCCAAUUCUACCGGGCAUGUAUCGAGUCUCAUUCGAACCCCAUGCGUGGACACAGCCGUUCGACAACACUCACAUUCCAAGCACGACAGGCGAGGCGUUCCUGGACGAGAAUUUUGAUCCAAGAAACUCGAACCUGCCUAUCUCUCUUCCGAACUACGAGCAGCUACUUCUCCCAGUCAAUGUUGCCAAAUACGAUGGAGGAGAGGUCUUCUGCGUCGGUUGCUUUGAAGAUCUUCUCGAGAAGGAUCCCGGAGAAACUGCACCAAUGCAGCCACCACCGCUGCUGCCCCCCAUAACCAAGCAAGGUGGCACGAAGUCGAAGAAGAGACAGCUAGAAGAAGAGGCACCUACCGGUACCAUGUGGCUGCGUCCCAGUCCGAUUAGACGAAUCUACACUUCCGUCUUUCCCGAGACCCGCUAUCACCCACAGGGCCACUUCCUGCUGGACGAGCCCGCGUUGAAGGUGGUCAAACAAUGGAAGCAGGUGCUAUUGGCCGAGGGUGUGAAAAUGUUGAAGGAGAAAUACCACUUCUUGAAAGAUAGUGCUCUCACUGAAGAUGAAGACUUCGCUGGUAUUCCUAUGUCUGUCCGAGAAUAG